AUGUCUAAGUCUAAUAAAGGAUGUUUAUUUUCAGAUUCUAAAUUUGUCCCAAAAGCAGAGUUGUUCUUUUUAUCAUUUAUGGAACACUUAAUUGGUCAAAGUGUAACUUACUGUGUAAAAACCUUGCCACUACUAGUUAAUCCUAAUAUAGACCACGCAAAAUUAAACCGCAGACGUCGUAGGCGUGGUUUUAGACAACAUUCUUCUCCAGAUUCUCAAGAAUGGAGUGGAGAUGAAGCAGAAAGUAUUAUAAGUCCUGAUGACGAAUCAGAUGAUGAAAGUGAAGAAGAGAUGUUAAUAUUUGAUAUGAAAAGACCCAAUGAUGACAAAUCAAAAAAUGAAUCAGAUGGGUCAAAUGAUAGUGGCACGUCAUCAUUUGGUUGUGAAAAUAAAAAUAAUCCCAAAUCUCCGCUUUCAAACGUACCAUUUAUUGAAACUAUAAAGAUAUAUUUUGAUUGGAUUCAAUCAAAUAUAGAUUCCAUGAAUCCUGAAGCAUCGGUUGAGUUCUUUAACAAUACUGUUACACUUUUAAAUUACUUUUCACAAGCUAAUAUUGAAGAUACAUUCUUAGACAUUGAUACAAAUAAAUUCAUGUUACCAGAAGAAGUACAUUUACGUGGUAUGACUGUUUUUUCUAAGUCUAAAAAGUAUUGUGGAGAAUAUGAUAGCAAUAUUUAUACUGAAAAUGAGGGAACAGUUCGAUUAUUACACAUAUUACAUUGUUCAGAAGAAAUAGCAUCCAACAAUGUAUUAUUCACUUAUGACAAAAUCAAGAAAUGGUUCUCAAUAUGUGAUACUUUAAAAAAAACCGACGAAAAAUCAUUAAAGGACGUAAAACGAGACAAACAACACGUGAUGGGUCAACUAUGGCUCCGGUCGGAAGUGGAUAAUCUGGAGUAUAAGAUGAAAUACUCUUCUAGAAAAAAGUCGUUGCCAACGUGCAUUGUGAUCGAUACAGAUGCGUUAAUUAAUUAUUCAUUGAUUAUCAAGAAACUCGUUAACAGCACUAAGUUUAUUGUAGUAGUGCCAGCAGUCGUAAUAUCAGCACUAGACGAGCAAAAAAAACUGAGCAAAGAAGUUAGAUUAACUAUACGUUGGUUAGAAUUUCAGUUGCAAGAGGGAAACUGUAACUUAAAAUCUCAAGGAAUACAUGAAACACUACCAAUUAAACUAGACGGUCCACCAAAAUUGAGCAAAGAGAUUUGUAAUUUCAAACAUAUUUUGGAAUGUUGCAACUAUUUUAAAGAAGAAUAUGGCGAAAACACAGGUAUUGUUACGUUAAUUACAGGGUCAGACGACCUAAUGGAAUCAUCAGAACUCAUGGAAAUGGCUAAAUCUGUCAAAAUUAAUAUUGAACACAUAAAGACAUUUCAAUUCCAAUUAAAAACCGUAAAAAACAAAGGAUGAAACCUGGUAUGGUUUAAAAUAUUGAUAUUUUUAUUGUUCACUCAAUGGUGCAUCAAUGUAUACAAUGACGAGAAUUUGGUUGUCAAUCACACCGCGUCGUUUUUGAACACGUGGACCAGAUUUAAUUUUCGGGAAAAUUAAAGACCUCGGUUGACUUAAUUUUACAUCUGUUAUAAAUAUAAUAUAUAAAUCAAGGUCAAAUUCAAAAAAGAGAAAAAUGUUUUUAUUUUAAUUAUUAUUAC